GCAGAAGCACCGCGUGAAUUGUGUACAGUACUGAUGAUGUCGCACUUAAAAUCGCCAACAAAAUAAUAAGAACUACCAAGUUGGUAUUUUUAUAGACAUCAAAAGCAUAUUGAUCGCCCGCGCGUUGGUUUUAAAACAAGCUUUUUUGUCUCCGUGGAGAAGGAAAUAAAUCAGCAACGCUAUCUGAAGUAGCAGCGUUAGUGGACUUGAAUUACUGGAGGAGUCGCUUUACACGUUGGCUGUCACUAGAUCGACUGACUGCCAGCUAACACGUCAAAUACCAUAUUCCGCACUCGUCCGCGGUGGGUAUCGUUUUUCAAAAGGUCUGAAAACUGCUCAAGUUGUAUUUUAUGGGCUCACCAUGUCCAUGAAGCCGCAGGCCGGUGGUAAUCGCAAACCCGGCGGAAGCAACAGCGGAGCCGCUGCGGCCUCUGGCACCGGGGGAGCCGGCGGACGCCAGAACAUUGGCAGAGGACGCAACAAUGCCAAAGGGCCCUCCAUGGCAGAGGCCUUUAGUGGCGUUUAUGCAAACAUGAGGAUGGUUCAUGUUUUGACCUCGGUUGUGGGAACCAAAUGUGAACUUAAGGUCAAAAACAGCCUGAUCUAUGAAGGAGUUUUUAAAACAUAUGGCCCAGAGUGUGAAAUUGUCCUGGAUGCAGCACACAAGAAAGGUCUAGAGCCUUGCAUGGGCCCACGCCGUGAGGAUAUUGUGGAGAGCAUCAUCUUCAAAUCCUCAGAUGUAGUGGUGGUGCAUUUUAAAGAUGUGGACCCCAACUAUGCCAAGAAAGUCUCAUCAGAUGCAGACAACUUUACAGACAGUGCGGUCAGUGCUCGUCUGAACGGAGAGCACAAAGAGAAAGAUCUGGAGCCCUGGGAUGGAGGAGAGCUGCACGUCUCGGGCAGUCUGGAAUCUCUCGACACAGACCUGUCAAAUGGUUGGGAUCCUGAUGAGAUGUUUAAAUACAAUGAGGAAACGUAUGGUGUGAAGUCCACCUAUGACAGCAGCUUAUCAUCCUACACGGUCCCCUUGGAGCGAGAUAGCUCUGAGGAGUUCCUCAAGCGUGAGGCUCGUGCAGCACAGCUGGCAGAUGAGAUCGAAGCCAGUGCCACCUACAAAGCCCGCGUGGCACUGGAGAAUGAUGACCGCUCCGAGGAAGAGAAAUACACUGCUGUGGUUCGUGGAGAGAGAGAACUUCACAGCCUCAACAGGGAGAACAAAUACAUUCCCCCUAGUCAGAGGAACAGAGAACCAGGGAUAUCAUGGGGAGCUGGUCGUCAAAACUCACCCAGAUUGGUUCAGUGUAGCCCUGGGCCUCCUACUCCCAGAUCGGGACCUCACGACUACAACACAAUGGAUCAGCGUGUGGUCAAUGGAGGUGCUCACCCUUGGCCUGCACGCUGCCCAUCUCCCUCUUCUCGCCCUCCAUCCCGUUACCAGUCAGGCCCCAUCAACUCUCUCCCACCCCGGGCGGCCACACCCACCCGGCCUCCCUCCAGACCCCCAUCCAGGCCCUCUCGGCCCAUGUCUCAUCCCUCUGCACAUGGCUCCUCAGGGCCCAUGUCCAUCAUGCCUAAACGCCUGUCCUCAGAAGGUCCUCCUAGAAUGUCCCCCAAGUCACAGCGGACCCCUAGACCUCAUAGAGUGGCCUCAUGUAGAGGUGGUGGGCCUUCUACAGUGGAUUUCAUGUCCCAAGGUGCAUCAGUGGAGGUUUCGACUCCCCCUUGUGCUCGCAACAGCCCUUCCGGAGGAACCUGGUCAUCUGUAGUCAGUGGUGCAAACAGACCUCGUUCUCCUCGUCAGAGUAGCGUUGGCGGAGGCACUCCAAGCCCCUCCUCCUUGUCUUCCCCUCAGGCUGGCACAGUGCCAGUAGACUCUGUUACAGUUUCCACAACAGUGACGUCACCCACAGCAGCAAACCCAGCUACCAACAUGGAAGCAUCUCCAAUAGAAGAGGGACCUCCCAGCAUGGCUCCAGACCACAGGAAACAAAUAGAUAAUUUAAAGCAAUUCAGUGUAGAUUUUAGGUUGCAAUCUAGCUCAAAUCCAGAUCCAGUAUAUGAGUCCAUGGUGACCAAACCUCUGUGGGACCUAGCAGAAAAGUCAAAGGAUCAACCAGCUGAGAAGAGUGCAGUUGAUGGACCCAAAGUCUCCAUGGAGUCCUGCGUUAGUAAAGAAGCCUCUUCUCCAGUACCUGUGAGUGCUGCCCCAACAAGAAAUAAAUCUCGUACCCCUUCACUAUCUCCCUCAUCUGCUGUAGCAGAGCAGAAACAAGGGCCUGAUGUGACAUCUCAGGGUGUUCAGACCACCUCGCCUCUGGCCAGUGCCGCUGCAAAAGACAAAGAUGACAGGGAGGAAAAGAACGACCCUGUAGCAGAGAGUGUUAGAAAAUCUACUCUCAACCCCAACGCCAAGGAGUUCAACCCGAGAGUUUUUUGCUCCCCUCCCAAACCAGCAACAACUCCCACUCUGACCCGGCCCCAGGGUCAGCCCAGCCCUUCCAUAGUAGUGCAGCAGCCCCCUACCAUCUAUGGCCAGACCAUGUUCCAGAUGUACCCACUGACCCCUGUCAGUCCUGGUGUACAGAAAAGCAUUAUCUGGAAGCCUCCAGCGAUGUACCAUGUUCAGGUUCCACAUAUGACCAUGAGCCAGAACAAGCCCUAUAGACCAGGUAAAGUACCGAACAUGCCCCAGCAAAGACCAGACCAGCAUCACCAACCUGGCACGUCUACAAUGAUGCAUCCAGCGACAGCUGCCGGUCCGCCUAUUGUGGCACCAAAUCCAGCAUAUUCCGCCCAGUACUUUACUUGUAGCCCCCAGCAGUUUGCUAGUCAGCCGCUGGUACAACAGAUGCCGCACUAUCAGUCCCAGGCCCAGCAUAUGUUUAGUCAAGUGAUUCAGGGUGGUGCGAGGAUGAUCACCUCUCCUGCCCACGCUCAGCCCAGCCUGGUCUCUUCCUCCACCACUCAGUAUGGUGAGCAGACGCAUACAAUGUAUGUGUCACCAAACCCCAUUCCGCAGCAAUUUUCCCACUCAAACGCCACCCUGCACCACCAUCCACAACACCCUCAGCCCUCUGCCACCCCAACAGGACAACCUCAACAGGGUACCCAGCAUGGAGGCAGCCACCCGGCUCCCAGCCCUGUUCAGCAGCACCAGGUGGCCGCUGCAGCAGCCCAGUCCAUGCACCUGGCCAACCAACAACAGCAGCAGAUGUAUUCUGGCCUGGCUCACACACCGCCAUCUAUGACCCCCGGCCCCAACCCUCAGUCCCCUCAAGCCAGCUUCCCCUCUGCCCAGCAGGCUGUAUACAUCCACCCCCAGCAGGUGCAGCAUGGGUACAACCCUAACCAUAUGGCUCAUGUGCAGCAGGCCCACAUGCAGUCAGGGAUGGUGCCUCAACAUCAUGGCACUACAUCCCACCCCCCCACCAUGAUGUUGAUGGCAACACAGGCACCUGCUGGCCACCAGCCGGCGCUGCCCCAGGGCACUCUUAAUCACAUCCCAGUGUCCUCAGCCACACACUACUCCUAUACGCUCACCCCUGUGCAAACUCACCAUCAACAGCAGCUAUAGAGGACAAAGAUCAGAGAACUUCAGUUGAGUGGAGUGGCACCUGAUCCUUGCUGAACCAUCUGGCCCCGCCCACCACCUACUAGCCAACCAAUCUUUCUCUUUCUUUAAACACCCCGAAUAGAGCCACUGACCAAGAGAACCUCAGUUAUGCUGUUCAACUGCUACCCACCACCAGAAAUGCUAACAGGCAAAGAUGUGGCAAACUGUGUCUUUUAAAAAAGUUUUAACGAGGAAUCAUUUUCCACAUGUUUCAGUUACACUAGAACUUUUGCAGUGAGUCCUAACAAUAACAAAAAGCCCUGAUGAGUGAAAAAAACUGUGCAUAUAUAACUGGAACAUUUCAUCUGCACCUUCUAAGGUAAUGAUAAUUCUUCCGUAUAUUGACAGUAUUAACAUUACUGUUACAUGCUGCUGCUAUACCUGUGCUCAAGACCUUGGGGUAAAUCAACACAGACACAAUGAAAAGGUUCUAAACAAACUAAACACAAGAGAAACUUCCAUUUAAUAAAGAUGUUUGGCCAAAAAAAAAAAUGCAGAUAAAUUAUUUAUUAAUUUAAUCUGAUGGCAAAACCCCACUAGACUUGGCCGUUGUAAAACUGUUAAGUUAAAAUAACUUUUACUUUGUAGAUAAUAUAAAUGAAUUUAAAAAUAAAA